CAGCGCGGACAGCAAAUUGAGUUGGAGCUCAACGUCGUUUUCUGAGACUGGAUUUUUUUCUGCUGAUGAAAGUAUCAUGGGUAUACCAGGGAAAACCGGCAAAGACACAGAGGGACUUGUUCCGCCAAAAGCAACGGAGAAGGUGAACACACUGAAGCACUUCCCUCCGUAUGGCGCCAUACACGGACACUCAUCAGGAGAAGGCCGACAGGAUACGUGCCCCACAUGUCGCGGCACCGGGCGAAUCCCCAGAGGCCAUGAAGACCAGCUGGUUGCUGUAAUACCUUGUAAUGACGUGAGGCUGAAACCCCGACGCACGAAGCUGUACGUCUGCUUCUCCAUGGCAGUGUGUCUCCUCGUCUGCAGCCUGAUCCUCUUCUUCCUCUUCCCCCGGAGUGUCACCCUGCAGCCUGUGUCUGUGCUGUCAGUCAUGGUCUACUUCACUCCAGACACAGUUGAUAUGGAGGUCACAAAUCUCAUUGAAAUCUCCAACCAGAACUUUGUCCCGGUUCAGAUCGUCGAGUUUAACAUCCAGGGUCUGAUCUCUGCCGCAGUCGUGGGUAAAACCAAGAUAUCGAACAUGACCGCCAUCCAGUCUCGAUCAAAGAAAUCUUACACCGUUAAGAUUGACCUGCCGAUUACAGAUAAAGGCUUAAACUCUUACUGCAAGUCGAGCUCAAUCAAGAUUCACACGUUGUUCCUGGAGCUGCAAAUGACGCUGAACAUCUCCUACAUCUCUCACACGGAGCAGCUGUCUCUGGACACCUUUGAGUACAUCGACUGUGGCACCAAUUCAACAAUCCCUCAUCCUGUGAGAUGAUGAAAUCAAAAUGAAAAACACCCAAGUGGGAGUGUGAAAUAAUGAAUAUUCUGGCUGCACUGCACCUUUUCUCCCUCCUCUGUGUGGGAUGUGACUUUGUGAAUGAUGAACUACUGUGAAAAUGCAUAUUUAUCCAGUGAUUCACAUCUUUUUACUUUACAAAAACAGUUCAGAAAUACUCAGGCAAAAGUAAAAGUCAUGCAUGAACAUUUUACUUAAGUAUUUAAAACAAAAUCUACUUAAAUAGUAAGUAAAUAUAGUUCUGAUCUGAUUCUGUAUGUUGUUUUAGCAUACUUCUUGGUUUGGGCAGACUUUAAUUAAUCACUACAGUGUUUUAAUCCAAAGAUAUUCAGCUUUAAAUGCAAUUACGUAUUAUAAAUGAAUGGUUUUUUUGUAUUAAGAAAACUGGCCUCAUAAAAGUGGGGAAAAAACACAAAUUCGUAAAUUCAAAUGUGACCGCUGCAUGUGUCUGUUUGAAGAUGUGUAAAUGUCUUUAAGAUGUAAUGUUUUGGGCUACAGGAUGUCAUAUGCUGUAAAUAGGAUGUUAAUCUCUGAUAAUCUUGUCUGCUGCUAUUCGCACUUCAUUAAACUCACAUUUUAGUUUA